UGGAAACCACUGAUCGAUGCCGUUUAUGUGUGACCGGCAAGGCCCCAUUUCCACCGCUAUAAAUAAGCUUUUGUCGCCCUGCAAUAUAUCUUCACACUCUUCUACGCACAUACAAUGGCAGAGAUGGGUUCUGAAACUAUCUUCAAUUCCGCCAUUAAUGGCUGCUCCUCCAAUACAGAGGACACUGCAGGCAAGGUCAUAACUUGCAAAGCUGCGGUGGCUUAUGGUCCCGGGCAGGCGCUAGUUGUGGAGGACGUACUGGUGGCGCCGCCUCAGAAAUCGGAGGUCCGAGUCAAGAUCCUUUACACUUCUAUCUGCCAUACAGAUCUCAGUGCCUUGAAAGGGGAGAAUGAAGCUCGCAAUGUUUUCCCGCGUAUCCUGGGACAUGAAGCGUCCGGUGUGGUAGAGAGCGUGGGAGAAGGUGUGAGGGACUUGAAAGCCGGAGACAAGGUGGUGGCGGUGUUCAACGGCGAAUGCGGCAGCUGUAAGUACUGUGAAUCCACCAAAACCAACCUCUGCGAGAAAUUCAGGGUGGAUCCCGGCCGAAGCGUGAUGGUCGGAGACGGGAAAUGCAGGUUCUCCACCAAAGAUGGCAAACCAAUCUACCAUUUCCUCAACACCUCAACCUUUUCUCAAUACACUGUCAUCAAUUCUGCUUGCGUUGCCAAGAUUGACCCCAUCGCUCCCCUCAAAAACAUGACUUUGCUCAGCUGCGGUGUCUCUUCAGGAGUUGGAGCUGUAUGGAAUACAGCCGACGUUCAAGCUGGCGAAACAGUAGCGGUUUUUGGCAUGGGAGCAGUAGGGUUAGCGGUAGUAGAAGGCGCAAGAGCUAGAGGAGCAUCAAAGAUUAUCGCAGUUGACAUUAACUCUGAUAAGCGCAUCAAAGGUGAAGCUAUUGGAAUCACACACUUUAUAAACCCAAAGGAAAUAGAUAAGCCCGUUCACCAGGAAAUUCGGGAAAUGACAGGAGGAGGGGUGAAUUAUAGCUUUGAGUGUGCUGGAAAUGUGGAUGUUCUUAGGGAGGCUUUUUUGUCCACCAUCGAUGGUUGGGGAUUGACCAUAAUGUUGGGCAUCCAUCCGAGUCCAAGGAUGUUGCCAUUCCAUCCAAUGGAGUUAUUUGAUGGCCGAAGAAUUGUUGCGUCUGUGUUCGGUGAUUUCAAGGGAAAGUCGCAGCUCCCUAACUUUGUGAAACGAUGCACGGAAGGGGCAGUGAAGCUUGACGAGUUCAUAACCCAUGAAAUGCCUUUUGCCAACAUUAAUGAAGCCUUCCAGUUGCUUGUUGAUGGCAAAUCUUUGAGAUGUCUUCUUCACCUCUAACCUUGUUCAUAAUCAAUCCAGCACGCAAUCGGAAAUUUAAAAUCUCCACAUUCAAAUGAAAGUGUCGCCUUUAUAAAUAUCCACAAUAAGUACUUUUUAUAUAUAUAUAGAGAGAAACAUAAAGAAAAAAGAAAAACAUUCUUCACGUAGGUAAAAAUAGUAUUCUUGUUGAAAUGUAGUGCGCACAUAUUCAUGUGCUGAUAUGCACGAUUUCCUUGUGCAUAAUUUAGUUAUUUUGUUAUUGUUUGUUAGUCUUUUUUACUAAUUCUACUUAUUAUAGAGUAUAGUUUUUAGAUUUCAUUACUUGUGUGUAGUUUGUACUUUUUGUGUAAGUUUGUUGUAAAGAGAUGUGGACAAGUAUUAUAGCUACCAAAAUAAGGCAAAAAGAGUGAUGAAGAUAUGUGCUGGUACGAAACCCGGUGGGAUUGGAACAAAAUCUGGUAGGGUAAGAACUUAUAUAUGAAACUAUUAGGAAGCUGCCAACCGAAACCAGGUCGGAUUUUUUACUUAACCCGGUCGGGUAUCCUAGAAACUCGGUCGAGUAUCCGACCCUGCACCCUUUAAACACCUAUAAAUACAUCUCUUUUCCUUUACAUUUGGAUUUUGUUUGCCUUUACAUUUGGAUAUUCAUUCUUUCAUAUCAUAAAUUUCAGCUCAGAUUAAGUAUUUUUU